CAAGCAGCUGUGGUCGUCCGUGACACAACGUCGAGUCUGUCGUUCCGUAAACACCUGUGAAGGGUCUGUUUCCUAAAACGCGGCCCUGCUGUGCACUUAAUGAAAAAGUAUCAUUCACUGCACGUGCAGGUAGUGAGUGAAUUCUACAGUGCAGUCUGUGCUUGUCAUCCCAAAGAAUAAGAUUGAGUGUACACGAUCAUAAUUGUCUUAACUAAAUCCAUACACACUGUCUUGUGUAUAAAGACAAGAGUUAUAAAAAUAGUAUGACGUCUAACAUGGCAAGACACACGCAUUCAAAGACGAAAGCUGCGCCCCCGGUUCCCUCAAGCCGGCGUACUAGCUCGGUAACGGGUUCGGUGUCCGACGCUCGGGCCAAGACAAUCUUGAAGGAAGCCGUCGACGCUGUCGUCAACAGUUUCGCAAAACAUACACAUGGAUAUGGUAGAGUGAAUGUUGUGGAAGCGCUACAAGAAUUUUGGCAAAUGAAGCUAGCGAGAGGAGCAGAUCUGAAAAAUGGUGCGUUAGUGAUAUAUGAAUCAAUGCCUUCUACAAACCCACCUUACGUCUGCUAUGUCACGUUACCUGGAGGUAGCUGUUUCGGUAGCUUUCAAAACUGUCCCACUAAAGCGGAAGCUAGGCGGAGCGCUGCCAAGAUAGCUCUAAUGAAUUCAGUAUUCAACGAACACCCUUCUCGAAGAAUAUCUAACGAUUUUAUCGAAAAAGCUGUAGAAGAGGCUAAGUCAUCUUUCAAGUUGCCUACUGACACAGAUGAUGCCGACAAAUCUCAUAGUGGAAUCGAUGCCUUCAGGUUCAUGCUUGAAUCCAAUAAGGGUCGAACCAUGCUAGAAUUCCAGGAACUGAUGACAGUGUUCCAACUCCUGCACUGGAACGGAAGUCUGAAGGCCAUGCGUGAACGCCAAUGUUCACGCCAAGAAGUUGUCGCCCAUUACUCCCACCGGGCCCUAGACGAUGAUAUGCGAUCCCAAAUGGCCCUCGACUGGAUAGCCAGAGAGCAAGAAUCCCCAGGAGUCAUUUCUAGGGAGCUUACCAGUGCAGAAAGGGAACUCGAAGCUGCCAGGUUAGCCGGUCGAGAGCUUAGGUUUCCUAAAGAAAAGAGAGAUAUUCUCAUGCUGGCAUGUGGUCAAGUCAACACCGUCAAUGGACUCAGCUAAAGAUUGAGUUCGCAGGAGAGCUAUAUAAAUACUAUACAUAUAUACAAAAGAAAUUUAUGACUCGAAAUGGAGAAAUCCAAUCGUGAUAUGAAGCGCUUUUAUAGCAUAAGACUAUUGAUUUUCUUACUUUGGGUUUCGAUAGAUGAAGUCGAAAUCUCAAUGGGUGAAGCAGGCCAAACCUAAUCUAACCAGACGUAUGCUUCCAGAAGCAGUUUUACAGAAGAAAAAAAUCACUUGCUUGUGCCUCUCUUGUGCCAUUCUCAUUAAAAGUGGUUGUUUCAUUUUCAUGCAGUUACCGACUAAUUUUGAAAACAAUAGAAUAUAUUAAUGGAUGAAUUCUGUGCAUUUCAUCGCCUGGACAUGAAGAAUGAAUGAAAUGGUUUCCAUCACUUUUCCCAAUGGCUGGUCUAGCUCCCCUCUUCUUUAUGUGAUAUCAAUUAACAGUGUAAAUAACCGUCAGCUUUUUUUGCAUCGAAAAUAUUGCCUUCUGGGAUGUUUCUCUUUGUGUUACUAAACAAAGUUAUCGUGGGUAAUAUUUUCACAAAUACACAAGAUUUAUAAAUCUCGAUUGAAAAAUGAGAUUUAUAGGAACAAUGUCUAUUUUUGAGUCUCAUACUAUUGGUAUGAACUAUAAACGUAUUUUUAUAUGUUUAUAUAUGAAUGGUGAUAUUUCAUUAAUUCUGCAGAAUUUGCAGAAGGGUCGUUUUUUGAAGGCUGAUAUUUUUUUACCGAAUUAUUGACCACUGUUGAAUUUUUUUUUCACGCCUCGGUGGUCUUGUGAGAUAGAUAUCUUAUUAUUUAAGCUUUUUUAAUAUAAUUUAUUUAGCUUCUUUUAAACACUGUAUGUAUUCUUUUUUUUCAGCCGUUCUUCAUUUUCUUGCAAAAAUUUGUGAUAAAUUUAGUACAAAAUUUUUUAAUUUGUUAAAUAUCCAG